AUGAAAUCCUCUGAAGAAGGGACCACUGGAAAUAAAACUUCUGUGAUUGUGUUUGUUAUCCUGGGUUUUUCUCAUCAUCCAGAUAUGAAAGUCAUCUUCUUCAUCCUAUUUCUAUGUAUUUACAUCAUCACGGUGCUGGGAAACCUAAUUGUGCUUCUUGUAACUAACAUGGACCCUGUCCUCCACACUCCCAUGUACUUCUUCCUCAAGAACUUGUGAUUUCUGGACAUCUGCUACACCUCUGUGACCCUGCCCAGAGUGCUAGUCAAUCUUCUUUCAAGUGAUACACCCAUCUCUUUUGCAGGUUGUGCUGCACAGAUGUAUUUUUUUCUGUUCUUUGGGGAAACUGAGUGCUGCCUAUUAGCUGCUAUGGCAUAUGACCGCUACCUAGCCAUAUGCAGCCCUCUGCGUUACAUGGAUAUCAUGAAUAAGAAGGUAUGCAUGCAGCUGGCUGCUUCCUCAUGGGUAUGUGGCAACCUUGCGGCCCUUGGACAACACUACUUUAUCUUCUCUUUGCCCUUCUGUGGCUCUAAUGUGAUCAACCAUUUCUUCUGUGAGAUCCAGCCAGUGCUGAUGCUGGUGUGUGGAGACACUUACUGGAAUGAGCUACAGAUCAUUCUGGCUGCUGUCUUUGUCAUCCUGAUGCCUUUUCUGCUCAUUUUGGUGUCUUACAGCCUCAUCAUUUACUCCAUCCUCAAAAUCAGGUCUGCCAAAGGAAGGUAUAAAGCAUUCUUCACUUGCUUCUCACAUCUCACUGUAGUGACAGUAUUCUAUGGGACAGCUGUGUUCAUCUAUACACGUCCCAAAUCCAGCUUUUCCCUGGAUGUGGACAAGGUGCUCUCUCUGUUCUAUUCUGUGGUGACCCCUGUAUUGAACCUCGUUAUCUACAGCUUUAGGAACAGGGAGAUGAAAGGGGCUCUCUUUAAAAUGAGAAUUAAGCCAUUUCACCCCAACUGCUAG